GCGGCUCUCAGAACUACCUUGACGCCGUGCCGGCUGGAGCGGCCGGUCAGAGAGGUGGAGACUCUCCGAAGGGACUGACUUCAGUAGCCGGGCAGAUACCGACUCUCAGCAGCCAUGUCUAAGCAACAUGAUGCUUUCAUCCAGACCCAGCAGCUGCAUGCUGCCAUGGCAGACACAUUCCUGGAGCACUUGUGCCGCCUGGACAUCGACUCUGCCCCAAUCACUGCAAGAAACACCGGUAUUAUUUGCACAAUCGGCCCGGCCUCUCGGUCAGUGGAAAUGCUGAAAGAAAUGAUUAAAUCUGGCAUGAAUAUUGCCCGUCUCAACUUCUCUCAUGGAACACAUGAGUACCACGCAGAAACAAUCAAGAAUGUACGGCAAGCUACUGAGAGCUUUGCUUCUGAUCCUAUUUCAUACAGACCGGUCGCUAUUGCAUUGGAUACUAAGGGACCUGAAAUUCGAACUGGACUCAUCAAGGGUAGUGGUACUGCAGAAGUGGAGCUGAAGAAAGGUGCAACCCUAAAAGUGACCCUGGAUGAUGCCUUUAUGGAAAAAUGUGAUGAGAACGUACUGUGGGUGGAUUACAAGAAUCUCACCAAAGUUGUAGAUGUUGGCAGCAAAAUCUAUGUGGACGAUGGUCUUAUCUCUCUUCUUGUUAAGGAGAAAGGUGCUAACUAUGUCAUCACUGAAAUAGAAAAUGGUGGAAUGCUAGGUAGCAAGAAGGGUGUAAAUCUGCCAGGAGCAGCAGUGGACCUUCCAGCUGUUUCUGAAAAGGACAUCCAAGAUUUAAAAUUUGGUGUAGAGCAGGAUGUGGACAUGGUGUUUGCAUCCUUCAUCCGUAAAGCAGCUGAUGUUCAUGCUGUCAGGAAGGUGCUGGGUGACAAGGGAAAGAACAUCAAGAUCAUUAGCAAGAUUGAAAACCAUGAAGGAGUACGCAGGUUUGAUGAGAUCAUGGAGGCUAGCGAUGGCAUCAUGGUAGCUCGUGGUGAUCUUGGAAUUGAGAUUCCUGCUGAAAAAGUUUUCCUUGCCCAGAAAAUGAUGAUUGGUCGAUGCAACAAAGCUGGCAAGCCAAUCACUUGUGCUACUCAGAUGCUGGAGAGCAUGAUCAAGAAACCGCGUCCAACACGUGCGGAGGGGAGUGAUGUCGCCAACGCUGUCCUGGAUGGAGCUGACUGCAUCAUGCUGUCUGGAGAGACUGCCAAAGGAGACUACCCUCUGGAGGCUGUCCGAAUGCAGCAUCUCAUUGCUCGCGAAGCAGAGGCAGCCAUCUUUCACAGGCAAUUAUUUGAAGAGCUCCGACGGCUGGCCCCCCUGAAUCGGGAUCCUACUGAAGCUGCCGCUGUUGGCGCUGUCGAAGCUUCCUUCAAGUGCUGCAGUGGGGCCAUUAUCGUACUCACCAAAUCUGGAAGGUCUGCUCAUCUGGUGUCAAGGUACCGCCCACGUGCUCCCAUCAUUGCUGUGACCCGGAAUGCUCAGACAGCACGCCAGGCCCAUCUUUACCGCGGCAUCUUCCCUGUGCUGUGCACUAAGCCAACCCACGAGUCCUGGGCUGAAGAUGUUGACCUCCGAGUCAAUGUGGGCAUGGAUGUUGGUAAAGCCCGUGGAUUUUUCAAGACUGGUGAUCUGGUCAUAGUACUUACAGGAUGGCGUCCUGGCUCCGGUUACACCAACACCAUGCGUGUGGUGCCAGUUCCAUAAAAACAAACCCAGAAACCUCAUCCCUCUCCUCCUGUCUCGCCGCCACCUUCUUGCAUUAGACCAGCAAUUGCUUGCAAUAUUGUCCUUGUCUGUAGAGUGGAUAGAGGCUGCCAACAACCACCAAGUGCAGUAACUGGGGGAAGAGAGACUAAGUCUAGAAAUACUUGAACUAGCAAAGCCCCUCCUGUUUCUUUCUUUCCCUGCCUUACUUGUUCAGAGCCAGCAUUGGGUGGUCUAGCAUGGCACCCAGGGCUUCCCUGCACUUCUGCUGUGGGUCUCAUAGUGUAGAGAAGCAGGGGCGUCCUUGUCUGUGCGACUGGUAGGGCACUCUGUGCAAUGGCUUGAUGGCGUGCCUGCCACACUCCCUUCUUCUGCCCCAGAUCUGUUCUGUUGGUCUCCACAGUCAGGCCCGCACCCACACACUCCAGUUCAGAGCAAUGUUAGACCACAGCUCCCUAGGUCUUGCGGCAUUUCGUGAGUCUUGCUGUGUUCCUGGUAAAUGGGUUCUUGGAGCACUGUAACCUAAACUUCCUGACACAAAUCACUUGGCUGUCUAAAAAUACACUCCAGUAGGUGGUGAUAGAAGGCAACACAUGCUUAUUCUCUGAAGUUCCAGAAAACCACUCCUUAAACUUGUCGCUGUACCUCAUUGCCAGUAUAGUUAGAGUAAUGGGUGCUUUUGUUACAAGAGUCUAUUCCGGGUACAGAUGGCUUCAGGAUGGAUAUUGUGGAAAAGAAUUAAAUGAGGCAACAGAACUUGUGUAUGGAACUUAAAGCGCCGAGUAGUGCUGUCGGAAUUGUUCCACCUGAUGCAGUCCCACAUCUUAAGCUGCUAAGAAAUGCUAAUAUGCCUGUUGCAGUGUUGUGUUUUGUGUUUAAUGUUUCCCGAGAGUACUGUCCUCUGUAGAUCUGGAUAAGUGACCUACUGUAACAGGUUAUCAGGUUGCAGCAUAGAACUUUGUACAUCAAUAAAGCAGAGCUCACACACCUA